AUGGAACAAGCAAAACCACUCUCAAAAGGGAAAUCCCUGGCGACUCGUCUCUCGGGAGAUGCGGGGGGGAAGGCGGCACGAAUAUCGAGUCCUUUCAUACUCGAAGCGAAGCUCUACAAUGAUGAUCACUGUGGAUCCACAUCCCUGAUCAAUCUGUUAAAUUCUUUCGAAAAAGAUCCUCAAAAGAAACCCGAACCGUUGAAACGAAAUUUCGACAAUACCCUCGCAACCCGAUCUUAUUGUUGCAAACACUGCAAGGCGAGGUUCAACACCUUGCAGUCGCUGGGGGGCCACCAAAAUGCCCACAAGCGCGAGCGUGCCGCAAAAAAGCGGGCUCGAGUGAUGAACCGGAUCGUUAAUGCCUUUUCUCAGGUGACUCUUAAAUCUAAGCCGAAUUGUUCUGGCAUGCAGGCAAAUCCUGUCCCAAGGCACCCCACUGCCUGCGGGCCUCGUGCUAGGCCCUCGUCUGCGGAUGUCGUCGGACCUACCCACAGGGGGCCGCCGGAGCCGAUAACAAUGACAAACCCUCGAGCGUCAGUAUCGCACCGACUUGCCAUGGUGAAUCAGCUAAACGGAACAGUAUAUGAACCUAGGAACAAUGGUGACCCUAACUUUUGUACUGGGGUUUUUCCUCAGAGCACAGGACCAAGACCACCUCCACUUGCCAACGUUGUUGCCAAUGGAAGCUCCUUCAGCACCCAAGGACUUGAAAAUGAAGGGUUGGACUUGACCCUUAGGCUCUGA